AUGUCAGCGACAGUGGAGCAGGACGGAGGAGAGCUGGAAGCCAUGUUGAAGGAAACGCAACAAGACUCGAAACCGAACGGUGUUUCGGUAAUAGACAAUUUGAAGUCUUUAGCAGCCGGUGGCGUCGGAGGAGUGUGUGCUGUGGUCACAGGACACCCUUUUGACCUGAUUAAAGUGCGGUGUCAGUCGAACCAGGCCUCUGGAACGGCAGAUGCAGUGAAAAAAGUGCUGCUAGAGGCCAGAGGUCAGCCAGGACCGCUGGUUUUGAACCAAUUGCGAGGAUUCUAUCGAGGCGUAAUUCCACCGCUGCUGGGAGUAACUCCGAUCUUUGCAGUGUCGUUCUGGGGGUACGAUAUGGGCAAACGGCUGGUAACGUGGGGUUCGAGCCCGAAAACUGAAAUUGCAGGCUCCAGCUCCAAAACUACGCCAUUGAGCACCGGCCAGCUGGCUCUGGCAGGUCUGCUCUCUGCAGUCCCUACUACGUUGGUCACUGCACCGACAGAAAGGGUUAAAGUCGUGAUGCAAACCACGGAAGGGGCCUCUUUUGUAGGCGCUGCAGGAAAACUUGUGCGUGACGGAGGUGUCAAAUCGCUAUUUCGCGGUUCUUUGGCCACCUUGGCUCGUGACGGACCCGGCAGUGCCCUGUAUUUUGCAUCCUACGAGGUCUCCAAACGUUACUUGUCUAGGCUCCAAUCAGACGACUCUCUCAGCAUCACAAACAUCUGUCUUGCCGGUGGCAUUGCAGGCAUGAGCAUGUGGAUCGGGGUUUUUCCGAUCGAUACUAUAAAGACAAGACUACAAUCCAGUGCAUCGGCCAGUACGAUGUCAGAGGCAACUAGAGAAAUUUACCGUCGAGCAGGAAUCAAGGGUUUUUUUCCUGGGUUGGGACCCGCUCUGAUGAGAAGUUUUCCGGCUAACGCUGCCACAUUUCUUGGCGUCGAACUCACACACCAGCUGUUCAAACACUACAAUAUGUGA